CAUGAUAAUUUCAAGUCAUCGCACGGUGACUUAGCUGAUAGCUCCAAGAUGAAUAAUUAUAUAUCAGUUAUUCUUAAUUGAGCCAGUUGUAAACAACUGCGUCUUGUAUUUGAAUAGUUUGAUAACCUUUUUAUCGAUGUACAAAACGUGCAAGGUCGCCAGUACUAUCAUAGUGAUAUCCCUAUUUAUCUCCGAUUUGGAUGCAAGGUUGAGUCCAGAAAAGUGCAUGGAGAAGCCACCAGAAAAACAUUGUUUGAUAGAAUGGGCCGUUAGGUGGCGCUGGCCUCACAAAAUCAGAUACGUAUUUGACUGGAGCACUCAGAAGUGCUUUGAAAUCCGCUGGUCAUCACACUGUCCAGAUGUACCUUCUCCUUCGGGGAAGAACAACUUCGCGAGCGAGUACGAAUGCCUGAACGAGUGUAGUGGAUGGGCUUAGUAAACAUUCCAGUACUUACUUCGCGAGCAUUCGUUUAAUAUAAUUCCUGAACCAAUUGAACUUCAGUUUAGUUGGGGCUGGCAACGAAUGGAAUGUUCGCAGACCAAUUAUUAAAAUUCUGCCAAAACCAACGAACUGGACAUUUCCAUAGCUUCUGGUACCGUAAAAAUAUCUAAUCUAAGUAAAUACUUG